AUGGUAUACUGUCGCGCCCCCAGCAAGGGCUGCGAGCGGUGUCGCCAAAGGAAGGUGAAGUGUGACGAAGGACGCCCGGGAUGCUUGAAGUGCGCGAAAUUGAAGCAAAAUUGCCCGGGCUACCGCAACCUGGACGAGGUCAGGAUUAGAGAUGAAUCCGAACGAGUGGCCCAUCGACAUCGGCAAGAGGACAAUUCGAGCGAGGUUUGGAUCCCACAACAGCCUCUGGCUCAAUCCCUGUGGCACACUACACCAGCGGGAUGCUUUGCGACUUCUCCUCAAGCUUCUAUGACCAUUGAAUAUCCGCUAUCUCCGUCUAGUCAUGCCCUCGGGGCGAACUUCUUCUUCGCCAAGUACUCCCCCAAUGAUGGCAGCUCGUUCAGGAACUACCAUGCUUGGUUGAUUCAGUCCUACUCUGAGCAAGGGCCCAACAAUGUUUUGCGGAAGGCGAUUGAGGCAGUGGGCAUGGCGGGACUGUCGAACGUCUUCUACGCACCUAACGUCAAGUCUCAAGCCCGAGCCCAGUACUUUGCGGCCUUGGUAUCCAUGCAACAAGCACUGAACGAUCCCGCCCAAGCUGUCUCGGACGCGACGUUCAUGGCGCUCAUGUUACUCGCAUUUUUUGAGACCGUUGAUUGCAACAACCCGGGUCGAUAUCCACACUGGGCAGCUCAUGUUAAAGCCGGCACCGCCGUACUAGAGCUCCGAGGCCAGAAUCAAUUCGACAGUGAACGUGGUGGGCUGCUCUACGUUCAGUUUCGCUCCUACCUUCUCCUGGCCUGCAUGCAGGAGAACCUUGCGGUUCCAAAAGCACUGGUCAAGGCAACCUUCAGUUUCCAGACAGGUGCUCUAAGGCAAAAUUGGCAGCGUGCAAAUAUUGCUAGCCCGGGGUCCAUAACCGAGAUUUGUAUCCGAGUGGCCAACCUCUGCGCAGUCUUAAAAGGUCAAGAGGUGACAAAUCCACAAGCCAUCCGUGCAAUAGCGCUGGAGAUCGACACAGACCUUGAGACCUGGAGAGCCGGCUUGCCCCCAAGUUGGGCAUACGCUACAAUCCAAGUUCGUGAUGCUGCCAAUGACACCUUCAGCGGGAAGAAACACGUCUAUAACAAUCUCUGGAACGCAGAGGCUUGGAACUACUGGCGCACCCUCCGAGCACUUGUCACCCAACUCAUGCUGGAAAAUGAAGCCCGCUCGACCGAACCUGACGACGCACUGAUGACACGCGCUCUUUCCACUCUCCGGCAGUUGUGCAUUGAGAUAUGCAUCUCCACAUACAGUUUUAGAGACUCUCCACGCAAGUCUCCCUCUGUCCCGCUCGAUGUAUGUCUCUAA